ACACAUUCCAGAUCACAAUGGCCACGGAUGGUGCGGCAUCAGUUGUGAUAAUAUUCUAUGAAAGAUUGGAAUGGGUGUAUGAUAAUUCUGAUAUUGCCUCAACAUAUUACGGUACAGAACCUACUAUCCGUACACAGAGCGCGCUCAUGGCCGGGGAUGAGGUGAGGUCUCACCAACUGCCGGGAUCCAAAUCUGAUGAACUCAUCAACAUAACUCAACUGUCUAACGUUGGUGUUGCUGGCAAAUUCAUCUUCCGAGUUGACGAUAACAUCGUUCCCGUAUCCCUCCGUGCCACCACAAGUGCUGUACAGAGUACUACUACAUCAACCACAACUACAGCCGCCGACAACACUGCAUCAGCGACAACAACGUCACCGACGUCUACAUCAACGCCACGUUCAGAUACAACAUCGGUAACAGAGACCUCCACGUCAGAUACAACAUCGGUACCAGAGACCUCAACGUCAGAUACAGCAUCGGUAACAGAGACCUCCACGUCAGAUACAACGACAGUGACAGAGACUUCCACCCCAGAGACAACAUCGGUAACAGAGACUUCCACCCCAGAGACAACAUCAGUAACAGAGACCUCCACGUCAGAUACAACGUCAGUAACAGAGACAUCCACAUCAGAUACAUCAGAAACAGUGGCGUUCACGUCAGAUUCAACAUCAGUAACACAGACGUCCACGUCAGAUACAAGGUCAGUAACAGAGGCCUCCUCGUCAGAUACAACAUCGAUAACAGAGAUCUCCACGUCAGAUACAACAUCAGUAACAGAGACUUCCAUCCUAAAGACAACAUCGGUAACAGAGACGUCCACGUCAGAUACAACGUCAGUAACAGACACAUCCACGUCAGAUACAGCAUCGGUAACAGAGAUCUCCACAUCAGAUUCAACAUCAGUAACAGAGACUUCCACCCUAGAGACAACAUCGGUAACAGAGACCUCCACGUCAGGUACAACAUCAGUAACAGAGACGUCCACGUCAGAUACAACUUCGGUAACAGAGACGUCCACGUCAGAUACAACAUCAACAUCCACAUCAGAUACAUCAGAAACAGAGGCGUUCACGUCAGAUUCAACAUCAGUAACACAGACGUCCACGUCAGAUACAAGGUCAGUAACAGAGGCCUCCUCGUCAGAUGCAACAUCGAUAACAGAGAUCUCCACGUCAGAUACAACGUCAGUAACAGAGAUAUCCACCCUAGAGACAACAUCAGUAACAGAGACCUCCACGUCAGAUACAAUGUCAGUAACAGAGACAUCCACAUCAGAUACAUCAGAAACAGAGACCUCCACGUCAGAUUCAACAUCAGUAACAGAGACGUCAAAGUCAGAUACAACAUCACUAACAGAGACCACUACGAUAGAGACAACAUCAGUAACACAGACGUCCGCGUCGGAUACAGCAUCAAUAACAGAGAUGCCCACGUCUGAUACAUCUGCAACUGACACUUCCACAUUAGAGGCAACAUCGGUAACAGACACCUCCACACCAGAUACAUCUGCAAUAGAGACCUCCACGUCAGAUACAACAUCACUAACAGAUACCACCACAUCAGACACAACAUCAGUAACAGAGGCCACGUCAGAUACAUCUGGAACUGGCACUUCCAUGUUAGAGACAAUAUCGAUAACAGAGAAGUCCACGUCAGAUAGAACAUCAAUAACAGAGACCUCCACGCCAGACACCACUUCAGGAAGAGAGAUUUCCACGUCAGAUACAACAUCGGUAGCUCAGACCUUCACGUCAGAUACAACAUCAGUAACAGAGAUGACCACAUCAGAUACAUCUGUAACAGAGGCCUCAACGUCAGAUGCAACAUCAGAAACAGAGACCACCGCGUCAGAUGCAACAUCAGUAACAGAGACCUCUAUGUCAGAUACAACAGUAACAGACACCUCAAUGUCAUAUGCAACAUCAGUAACAGAGACCUCUACGUCAGAUACAACAGUAACAGACACCUCAAUGUCAGAUGCAACAUCAGUAAUAGAGACCACAGCGUCAGAUGCAACUUCAGUAACAGAGACAUUCACGUCAGAUACAACAUCGGUAACAGUGACAUCCAGGUCAGAUACAACAUCAGUAACAGAGACAUCCACAUCAGACACAUCAGAAACAGAGGCGUCCGCGUCAGAUGCAACAUCAGUAAAAGAGACCUCAACGUCAGAUACAACAUCGAUAACAGAGACGUCCACGUCAGAUACAACGUCAGUAACAGAGUCUUCCACAUCAUAUACAUCAGAAACAGAGGCGUCCACGUCAGAUGCAGCAUCAGUAACAGAGACCUCCACGCCAGAUACAACAACAGUAACAGAGGGCUCCACGUCAGAUACAACAUCAGUAACAGAGACUUUCACCCUAGAGACAACAUCGGUAACAGAGACUUCCACGUCAGAUACAACAUCAGUAACAAAGACGUCCACGUUAGACACAACGUCAGUAACAGAGGGCUCCACGUCAGAUGCAAUAUCGAUAACAGAGAUCUCCACGUCAGAUACAACGUCAGUAACAGAGACUUCCACCCUAGAGACAACAUCGGUAACAGAGACCUCAACGUCAGAUACAACAUCAGUAAUUCAGACGUCCACGUCAGAUACAACAUCGGUAACAGAGACGUCCACGUCAGAUACAACGUCAGUAACAGAGACCUCCACGUCAGAUACAACAUCAGUAACAGAGACGUCCACAUCAGAUACUACAUCGGUAACAGAGACGUCCACGUCAGAUACAACAUCAGUAACAGAGACAUCCACAUCAGAUACAUCAGAAACAGAGGCCUCCACGUCAGAUUCAACAUCAGUAACAGAUACGUCAAAGUCAGAUACAACAUCACUAACAGAGACCACCACGAUAGAGACAACAUCAGUAACACAGACGUCCGCGUCGGAUACAGCAUCAAUAACAGAGAUGUCCACGUCUGAUACAUCUGCAACUGACACUUCCACAUUAGAGGCAACAUCGGUAACAGACACCUCCACACCAGAUACAUCUGCAAUAGAGACCUCCACGUCAGAUACAACAUCACUAACAUAUACCUCCACAUCAGACACAACAUCAGUAACAGAGGCCACGUCAGAUACAUCUGGAACUGGCACUUCCAUGUUAGAGACAAUAUCGAUAACAGAGAAGUCCACGUCAGAUAGAACAUCAAUAACAGAGACCUCCACGCCAGAUACCACUUCAGGAAGAGAGAUUUCCACGUCAGGUACAACAUCGGUAGCUCAGACCUUCACGUCAGAUACAUCAGUAACAGAGAUGACCACAUCAGAUACAUCUGUAACAGAGGCCUCAACGUCAGAUGCAACAUCAGAAACAGAGACCACCGCGACAUCAGUAACAGAUGCAACAUCAGUAACAGAGACCUCUACAUCAGAUACAGAGACCUCUACAUCAGAUACAACAGUAACAGACACCUCAAUGUCAGAUGCAACAUCAGUAGCAGAGACCUCUACGUCACAUACAACAGUAACAGAGACCACAGCGUCAGAUGCAACUUCAGUAACAGAGACAUCCACGUCAGAUACAACAUCGGUAACAGUGACCUCCACGUCAGAUACAAUGUCAGUAACAGAGACAUCCACAUCAGACACAUCAGAAACAGAGGCGUCCACGUCAGAUGGAACAUCAGUAAUAGAGACCUCAACGUCAGAUACAACAUCGAUAACAGAGACAUCCAAAUCUUCCACAUCAUAUACACCAGAAACAAAGGCGUCAACGUCAGAUGCAGCAUCAGUAACAGAGACCUCUACGUCAGAUGCAACUUCAGUAACAGAGAACUCUACGUCAGAUGCAACUUCAGUAACAGAGAACUCUACGUCAGAUGCAACUUCAGUAACAGAGACCUCUACGUCAGAUACGACAUCGGCAAGAGAGGCGUCCACGUCAGAUACAUCUGGAACAGACAUUUCCACGUUAAAGACAACUUCAGUAACAGAGACAUCCACGUCAGAUGCAACAUCAGUAACAGAGACCUCUACGUCAGAUACGACAUGGGCAUCAGUGCUGUCCACGUCAGAUACAGAUACAUCUGGAACAGACAUUUCCACGUUAAAGACAACAUCAGUAACAGAGAUGUCCACGUCAGAUACAUCUGUAACUGACACUUCCACGUUAGAGACAACAUCGGUAACAGAGACAUCCACGACAGAUACAACAUCGAUAACAGAGACCUCCACGUCAAAUGCAACUUCAGUAAAAGAGACCUCUACGUCAGAUACGACAUCGAUAACAGAGACGUCCACAUCAGAUACAACAUCGGUAACAGAGACUUCCACGUCAGAUGCAACUUCAGUAACAGAGACCUCUACGUCAGAUACGACAUCGGCAACAGAGACUUCCACGUCAGAUACAACAUCAGUAACAGAGAUGUUCACGUCAGAUACAUCUGCAACUGACACUUCCACGUUAGAGACAACAUCGGAAGCAGAGACAUCCACGUCAGAUACAACAUCAAUAACAGACGCUUCCACGUCAGAUACAACAUCAGUAACAGAAACGUCAACGUCAGAUAUAAGAUCAGUAACAGAAACGUUAACGUCAUAUACAUCUGCAACAGAGACUUCCACGUUAGAGACAACAUCGGUAACAGAGACAUCCACGUCAGAUGCAACAUCAAUAACAGACACUUCCACGUCAGAUAUAACAUCAGUAACAGAAACGUCAACGUCAGAUAUAACAUCAGUAACAGAAACGUUAACGUCGUAUACAUCUGCAACAGAGACUUCCAAGUUAGAGACAACAUCGGUAACAGAGACAUCCACGUCAGAUGCAACAUCAAUAACAGACACUUCCACGUCAGAUAUAACAUCAGUAACAGAAACGUCAACGUCAGAUAUAACAUCGGUAACAGAAACGUUAACGUCAUAUACAUCUGCAACAGAGACUUCCACGUUAGAGACAACAUCGGUAACAGAGACAUCCACGUCAGAUACAACAUUGGUAACAAAUACCUCCACACCAGAUACAACAUCGGUUAGAGGAGCAUCCACGUCAGAUACAACCGCAGUUACAGAGACGUCCACGUCAGAUACAUUUGCAACAAAGACUACCACGUUAGAGACAACAUCGAUAACAGAGACCUCCACGUCAAAUUCAGCAUUUGUUUUAGAGACGUCAGCGUCAGAUACGUAUACAGAAACAGAAACGUAUACUACAAACCCAACUUCAGUAACAGAGGCCUCCACGUCAGAUACAACAUCGCUAACAGAUAUCGCUACGUCAGAUACAACAUCUGUAAUAGAAAUCUCCACGUCAGAUACGACAUCUGUAAUAGAAACCUCCAUGUCAGAUACAAUUACAUCGGAUCCAGGAUCACCUACAUCUGCUUUUUCGUCAUAUGUAACGUCAACUACAUUUGCUUCAUUACCCGGCAUAGCGUCAACAACACUUACUUUGUCGUCCGAUCAAACAUCGACUACACCUGUUUCAUCAUCGGAUACAAUCUCUGCUACACCCGCUUCUUCAUCGGAUCUAGCAUCGUCUACAGCUGCUCCAUCGUUGGGUUUAAAGUCAACUGCACCUGAUUUUUCAUCAGCAUCUGUCUCUCCGGAUGUUGAUGCAACGAGUGAAACUAACGAGAGAUCUCAGAGUUCGACAUCCAUUCCAUCAUCCACAUUGUCAGUUGUAACCCCACAUCUAGUUGGAGCGGUUUUGGCAGUUAUUAUUCUGGUGGUGGUUGGAGUGUUGCAGAUCGUCCUGUCGUUACAAUUCAUACAGACACUCAGGGAAGGGUUUCAACGUCGAGGACAGCGAAGACCUGGAGGAGAGCGACGGAAAAGCAUACCAGUACAGAUUGUUACGUCAAGCCCUUGGUUCCAACAAACUUCACCGUAUGGCAAACCACUGAAGUAGCACAAACGUAUAUCUGCGCCGAUACUCAUCUUUGGCACAGCACUGGACAAGCUGAAACAAAGCCACCACUCGCACAUCCAACAGGCCACGGUUAACACGAAUCUAUGUGUGAUCGUUCAGGUGAAAAUCAGACAGACCACGUGACAACCUGAAUCGCAGCCUCCACGUAAACAAGAACAAUUAGCGUACCAGGUCACAGCAUGAAUCUCAGUGUCGACGUCCAUGAGCCUAUCCAGCAUCGGACAAACACCAGUACCAUGCUCAACGUCUAUGUCCAACAGAUUGGAGCCGUUGGGGAGGACAAGACACUGAACGCAAGACGUCACUAACACAUCGGCUUCACAUUCUCUUGGAACUGGCAUGUACGUCCUCUUUUGCCAUAACACCAAUAGCGAGCAAGACAUAUCAGCAGAAAUAUUGCUUCCAUGAACUCUUUGUCUUGCAUGCUCUGACAGCAUGGCAUUGAAUAUGCCAUGUAUGUGUGGGACGAAAUGAACGUCCGGUAUUAAUAUGUUACCAACACUCUUAUUAGAUGCGUUGUAAGUUAUUAAAUUAUAAAUAUUCCCACAUCCAGUUUCUAUCUAUUUUCGAGUUUAUCCUUUUUUGUGUUAAACUUAUUUAUUGAUACAUACAACCUGAGUGUUAUGGAAAUCAUCUCAACAUCGUCUAUAAUCCGUACUAUCAACAGUCUACUUACACGUAUACCAAAAUGACAACAUGAAUCUCAAUCUUCUAUGGGUGAAAACACAAGUAAGAAGCAGUUUGGUGAUCAUGUGAUUUUGGUUGGUUGAAUGUGACUACUUUACACGCGUGUUCCGAUACCAGUUGUAUUAAACUAUUUUAUAUGACGUUUAAUGUUGGUCUGGAGCAGUGUGUUUAAGCAUUUUAAAUAUUGAGUCGAUAAAUGUCAUGACCAACAUGUUAUGGUUUACAAGAAGGAAAGAGCGUAAACUACAAUUCUACUUGCCAAGGUAAACCUACCAACCAACUUUAUAUCUUUAGUUCCCACAUUUCUGUGCAAACAUGGCUGUGAGCUAUUCACGUACCUCGAUGUACACUCUGUGUUGUAUUGUGAGUAUAUGUUUACAUUCUGUGUUGUGUUAUUAGUAUUUACAUGUACAUAACAUUGCGUAUAAUAAGUCUUUGUAUGGACCUCAUGGUGAAGAUCGCACAACAUGAAGGCUUUGUAGUUUAUCCUCUAUUAGGUAUGGAAGGGACUCGUUAUAUACACCUUGGAAAAAUAUGUCACGUUUUUGUGUAUUUUUUUAUAAAGAUAUGUGAUACAGAAAUUAUUUAAAGUGUGAACACUAUGUUAUCCGCUUGUCUUUUGUGUCAACAAUCAAGACACUAUGACGAAUCGAUAUUCUGAACAAAUCCAACCAUAUCGCUCAAGGAAAGCAACCACGUGUUGACCUGUACAUUUCAUAUCAAUAAUUAAUAAUAAUAGUAAUACUUAAGAUAUUUGAUUGGGGAAGACUGAGAAUCAGUUGGUUUAUUAAAGAUAUUCAGCUUAUGUUGAAAGACAUGCAAGAACGUUCAGUUGAUGUUCAGGCGAUAUCGAAAUAUGUAGAAGAUCUGAAUGAUUAUUUAGUUUUUACGGGAAGAUGUGCAAGCAUAUUCAGUUGAUGUUAUAAGAAAAGCAAGAAUAUUCAGGCGUCUAACGAUAAUUAUGUUGAUAUUUAGUUCAUAUGGAAUGAUAUGCCUGAAUAUUUUUGUUUAUGUGGGCAGAUGUGCAAGAAUAUUCAGUUCAUGCUAUAAGAAGAAUCAAGAAUAUUCAGAGGAUGUGGAAAGACAUGCAAGAACAACUUAGUGACAUUAGAGUAGAGAUACGUAUGUCCACUAACGUUGAGCAUGUGGCUGUUUGUCUUCAUUCUUCCAUUUGAUGUGUUAAUGAUUUGAUUUUGUCAUGACUUCAUGAGCAAAUUGGAAUGGAAGUGCCGAUGUGACUUAAAGCUCAAAUCAACUCAGAAGCUGUACUUGCAUACGUCCAAUCCUUGGAAAGCUUUUAGAACAAGAAUAUGUAAAAGUUAAUUUAAAAAUUUGUAUUUUAUAGUGUUCACUAGAGGGAACAGUACUUAUGGCCCUAAAACUGCUAUGUUUAUAUUAUCCAUUACUAUAAUUAGGCUGCGUAAGGAAGGAUAAUCUCCAGUCAUCCUUAUUAUGCCGUAAUUUUGUUUUUUGUACGGUAGUUGUAUACCUUGGUUAUCAACAUGUGGGUUAUCCGAGACUUACUCCACGCUUACAGGCGAUCCACUUAAACUUGCAGUGGUCUCUGUAAAUAGCUAAACUGGACUGUGACCUCUUAUAUAUAUUGUGUGUUUAUUUGAUGACAAUUCUUAUCUAUUGUUAUAAACCCCAGUGAAGUUACUCUACCAAUAGCCAAACAGGUGAAACCGUGUAAACUUGAGUAGUAACUGUUUAACCCUUGAGAUUUUGCAUUUAACUGUUCAGGUGGUAUCAAACGUGUGAAUGCGCCUCACUUCAGAUUCGUUUAGAACACAAUGUAUCGAAAUGUUCGGAACAGAUAUGUAAUCAAUGUAAGAUCAAAUGAGAAAUGUUUUCUGUUUAUCCCAGAUAGAACAGCCAUCCUUCAUACCCGACAAAUAACAGUGCUUUAAAUCUCGUUUUCUCAUCCGUCAUAAAGACAUAUUUUACGCCCGCUUCCCAUGGUUCAUACAAUGUUUCUUGGAAAUUCAAAUUAAUGAUUGUUUCACAUAAUGUUUUCCGUUGAUAAGUGUCCAAAAGGAAUGACUCCCUUAGCUGUAUCCCUCGGGUCCGAGUUUUAACGGCCCUUGUCUGUGUUUAUGACACAUGUAUAUUCCUUGUGAAAUAUUGCUCGCAUGUUGUGCAUAUAUAGCUUGAGUUCAUAUGGAGACACUCAGAGAGGGUCUAACGAAAACAUGAUAUGCAUAUAUUUAUGUGUGUGCACCUUGUGUCCUGUUUAUACAGCAACCUUGUGAGCACAUUUACCACUAUACUGAUGUUGUUUGUUACAUUUUUGUGCUUGUUUGUUCCAUUUACCAAUUCUUGUUUGUUCAGUGCUGUUGUCAGUUGUACAUAUAUUUACAAGAUGCUCAAGUCGUUGAAGUCAAUAAAAAAGAUUAAAUAUC